AUGGUCCACCAGGCCACAGUCACCGCACCCGUCAACAUCGCAGUCGUCAAGUACUGGGGCAAACGCGACACAAAGCUCCACCUCCCCACCAACUCCUCCCUCUCCGUCACCCUCGACCAGGACUAUCUCUGCUCAACCACUACAGCCCGCGCAGAUGCCGCAUUCAAGAAAGAGGACGGAUCGCCCGAGGACCGCGACCGUCUCUGGCUGAACGGCAACGAAGAAACCAUCGCAGGCAACGGGCGUUUCGAGCGCUGCAUCUCCGAGAUGCGUGCCCUCCGCACCAAGUACGAGCAGACAAAGCCCGAUGCUACCAAGCUCGCCGACCUCCCCCUGCGCAUCGCCUCACACAACUCCUUCCCCACCGCCGCCGGCCUCGCCUCCUCCGCCUCAGGCUACGCAGCACUCACCGCCGCCCUCGCCGCCCUCUACGAGCUCAACACCUUCCUCCCCUCCUCCCCCGCCCCCGCCCACCUCCCCAUCCCCGCCCUCUCCAAGCUCGCGCGCCAGGGCUCCGGCUCCGCCUGCCGCUCCCUCAUGGGCGGCUUCGUCGCAUGGGACAUGGGCGCCCACGCCGACGGCCGCGACAGCGCCGCGCGCCAGAUCGCCGACGAGGCGCACUGGCCCGAUAUGCACGCGAUCAUCUGCGUCGCGAGCGCCGCGAAGAAGGCCGUGAGCAGCACCGCGGGCAUGCAGGCGACCGUCGCGACCUCGCCCUUGCACGCCGCGCGGUGCGGUGUCCCCGCCCCCGGCGCGCCGGUCGCCGCGUAUGCCUCCGGGCGCGGGCUCGUGGACGGUCCGGGCGGGACGAUGGCGCAGAUGCAGGACGCGAUCAGGCGGAAAGACUUUGAUACGUUCGCGGAGGUGGCGAUGGCCGAGUCGAACCAGUUCCACGCUGUCGCGCUCGACACGCGUCCGCCGAUCCGGUACAUGAACGACACGUCGUGGAACAUCGUCUCCGCGAUCACCGCGUACAACACCCUCGUCGCGCAGCGCACGCGCGGCCAGCGCAAAUACGCCGCCGCGUACACGUUCGACGCGGGCCCGAACGCGGUGGUGUACGCGCUGCAGAGCGACGUGCGCGAGAUCAUCGAGCUUCUGCUCGCGCUGUUUCCGUUCGCGGAGGGCGCGGCGCACGACGCGCGCACGGGCAUGCAGGCGGGCGAGCGCCCGUUCGAGGACCGCCUCGGGGUGUUUGGAGAGGAGGGGUGGGCGGGCCAGGCGGGUGUGCCGGAGGGGUGGAGCGAGGGUGUAGGCCCGUUUGAGCCGGGCGAGGUGAAGCGGCUUAUUCAUACCAAGGUUGGGCCGGGGCCGAGGGUGUAUGAGGGCUUUGGGAGGACGGAUGAGGCGAGGGCGGUGUUGGGUGCGGAUGGGUAUCCCAAGAAGCUGUAAGGGUAUAUGGGGUUUUGGAUAAUUUACUUUAAUGUGCACGAAUAAGGACCUUUUCUUGGCGACGACUAGAAAACACGCCGAUGGUAUCCAUUUGCUAUAAGCACACAGCUCCUAAGCUAUCGACACCCCACGUACAUGCCCAAGUCCAACCGUCGAGCCUGCCUACAGCCAACACAUACCCCACCACCGCGACAACAACCACAAGCCACACCUCCACCCGUGCAAACGACCCCUUGAAUGAGUUUAAGUCUGCCGCACCCUCGACACGAGGGCCCACUAUCUCCUCAGCAUUGGCAUGGGCAAUCACCCGCAUCUCAUCUCCAACCGCCCGCCAAAACACCACCUGCCGCCUCCUCUCUCUCGCCUCCACAUCCGCCGGGUCCUCCGGCACCAUGAGCACGUGCAC